GUGGUCGAAGCGGAUGAAUGCCGACUUAAGAUGAUGCUGAUCAACAGGUAAGGAAGUAUGGAGACUCGCGAGAGCCACUCUUGUGAGCCGAAAAGACGCUGCUCAGCCCUGCGGGCUUUAACUCCACGAAGUGUGACGUCUUGUGGUGGGGCAGCGGGAGCUUGGUUCUCCGGGGCCAUGCUGCCCGUUAUUAUUAUGGCUGUGACAAUUCCAAGCCACCGUGAAUAAGCUCGGGUUGUGGCAGGGACGCUCUAGUUGCCUCGCUUCCCUUGUCGAGUAGAUAAGUAGAGGCAUCGCAGGUUGAGGGCACUCUGAUAUUUCGGUCGCAGUCUUGUCAACAACGCAUCAAUCAGAGUUACUAGUCACAUACCAGCACCACGAUGGGCAACCCAGACAAGGAACAACCUGCAGCCACCCACCGGUCGACUGAUGCCGAUGGGCCUCCAGCUUACACGAGCACUGCCAGCAGCCUUCCCGACGCGCCGCCAUAUGAAGGCCCGGCGACGGGCCAGAGGCGCAUGUCGACCUCUUCGUCGGUCGAGGAGGAGGGGCCGCGCAAGCCCGGUAAAAUCCCCGGGGCGAUCAAUUCCUACUGGCAGACCAGCAUGAGCCGGACUUUCCACCUCGGCGAGCAUCGCGAUGCUCCCCUCUUUGCGGUCAAGAGCGGGUCUGGGUGGACGACCAAGAAGCCUGGGCUCACCAUCUUUGACGGGCCGAACAGCAGCGACUAUCCGAUGCUGACGGGGGCUACGCGGGCGUCGAUGUUUGGCCGGAAGUAUGACAUCUCACUUCCGCCUCUGGCAAACUCGGGCUCUUCCGAAUACACGAAGGAGACCAUUAGCAUUGGCACAAGCUGGUCUCGCCAGGUUCACAAGUUCACGAUUGAGGUCGAGAGCGGGCCCAAGGGCGAGACGCGGCGGGAGGACUUUGAGUGGCGGUCAACGCGAGGAGACGAGGUGCGGGAGCUGGGCAGCAAGUGGUUGCGAGGGUGGAAGCUGGUGAGGCUGUCGAGCGAGGCGUUCCGAGGCCCUGGCGGGGAGCGGCAUGCGCGGGACGAGGGCACGACGAGCGACGGCAAGGAGAUUGUGGCCGUGUGGGCUCACAACUCGAGCUGGAGCAUGACCAAGGCGUUCAAGUUCCGGUUCCGGGGCAGCGCGCUGGCGGGCGAGCUGGGCGAGCGGUUCGACCUCAUGGCGCUCAUGACAGGCCUCAACAUGUGGCACCAGGAGGUUGCCGCCAGCGCGGCCACCAGCGGGGCCGCGGCGUAGCCUCGCGGGGCACGGGGAGGAUCAGGUCUGGAUGGAGAGCAGGCAAGGCAGGGGAGAAGCGUCUGUAUGUAUACUUAUUAUGCUCUUGAUGAUACCACGGCUAGGUAAGGUAGGUACGUAGGUAGGCAAUGGAGCAUCGAGACAAGAUCCGUGGGUGCCUGGAUGCCUGGCUGGUGUGGAGCGGGCGGGCAGCGCAAACCGCCACCAAUUUCCAGCUCUCCCAGACAGUACAUAUAUAACAUCGUAUUGCAGCCGAUCUUGCAGGCUCGCCGAGGCCGGCUCCCAUCAGAUGAGAUAAAUUACCAAAAGCAGCCACGACAGAGUGUGGUCUCUCUCUGGGUACCUCCUGCCUAGCGACUGCAACGCCGAUGCAUCGACGCCCAGC